AUGACCAAUUUCGCAGGCACUUGGAAAAUGAGAAGCAGUGAGAAUUUUGACGAACUACUCAAAGCCCUUGGUAAGACAUCUAUAGUUCUUACCUGCUAUCAUUAAGAGCUAUUUGAUAGAAUAAAUACUUCAAAAUCCUAACUGUUGUUUCCCUAUUGUGUCUCACCACCAAACCCAUCAUUAUUUUGAUCUGUGAUCUAUUAUUUGGGGAAAUAUUUGAGAAAACAAUUAUUGGGAAAGGCCACAGGGUGUGACACAUCUUGAUCAUCUUUGAGUUUUGCAUAUAUCCUCAGUUUUAGGAUAAUUCCAUCAUGUAUUUUUGCCAUGUACCUUGUUCAUUUGAGCUGCAUUUUAUGUUGUCGUGGGUUGAUAUUCCCGAAAGUCAUUUUCACAUCAGUUUUCAAAAACAUAUACAAAAAAAUGGAGUUGGGCAUGUAUAAAACAUAAUAGAAAAUGUACACCAGGUGCACAUGUAAUACAUAUUACAAAUCACUUAUUGCAUGUAAGCUUGAUCUUGCGUGUAGCUUCCUGCCUUAGAAUAGUCCUAUUUCCAGUGAAAGCAGUGUGGGUGGAUCAGCCCAAUGCUGCACAGUUGAGCCCAGCUGCUGUGGAACAGAUGAGACAAUUCACUGUGUUUGUUUUCUCAAAUACGUCUCCUGUGACUGCACUGAGAUCUCACUUAAUCUGAGGUCUAGAUAUUGGCUUGGACAGAACUUUGGCUUUUGUUGCCAUUGUUUUGUUUUUUCAUCGUGGAACAAAGAGAUGAGAGGAGGAAAAAGGAGGAAUGAUUGACCUCUCCUCUGGGAAACGCAAGUACACAGAUUGUAAUUUAAAUGAGAGCAAUAAGACUCAUAGUACUGAAGGAUACAGUAUUUGAGAAAGAGAGAGAGAGCAGCUCGGAAAACAUAUGCAUGUUGGGAAUUAAUGGAAACAGCCAGACAUUUUCUCAUCCAACUGUUUGUACUGUAACACUGGGACAGAAGAGCCAACUAGCUCCACAAUUUUUUUUCUCGGAGGAAUCCAUCAGUCUGCAGGAGAGCUAAACAAAGCUAAUGACUCCAGCAUUCCUUGUUUUCAUCACCUUGUCAUAGCGUCCCCCCCAUAUUUGCAACAUCUGCUGAUAACCAUCUCAUUUGCGGUUGCUUGCCUUGAGAACUCUGUAUAUAAAAACCUGAAUACUACAGCGCAUCACUGAUAUCUUCUCUCACUCCAAUAACUUCCAGUCUACCAUGACUUUGCCACAAAUAGGUAACACUGCCACUAUUCAUUCCUCUUGUAAAUAAGCACCACAUACACCUUUGCAAGUGGAAUUCAUGAUUGUUUUCCUUCUCCUAUUAAUGGCGCCAGGAGGAGACAGAAAUGUAACUGUACUCAUCCUUGAAUUAAAGAAAUGGGAGAUGAGGAUCUUAUGAAAUCUGCUAACAUGACAUACCAGAUGUCAGUAAAAGUCAAACGGUAGCCCUGUGAAGCCGUAUUGUCACCAUGGGUUCAACCCAGUGGCGUGUCAUGGUUGUGUCCAGUCAGUUGCUGUAACCUGACAAAGUUAAAACUGAUCAAUGACACAUUCUGACAUGCAAUUGGUUAUGCAGCGCUUAUGACCGUUAAAGUAAGCGUAAUGACAGGUGUUAUUUGCCCACAGGCGUCAAUGCUAUGUUGAGGAAGGUCGCUGGCGCCGCGGCGUCCAAACCUCACGUGGAGAUCAGGCAGAAUGAUGAGCAGUUCUACAUCAAGACCUCCACCACCGUGCGCACCACCGAGAUCAACUUCCUCAUUGGCCAGGAGUUCAACGAGGAGACAGUAGAUGGCAGGAAGUGCAAGGUAAAGUCUCUGAGUCUGCCCCAAUACAAUGUAAAGGGAGUGUCUCUGCCCCAAUACAAUGUAAAGGGAGUGUCUGCCCUUAUACAAUGUAAAGGUAGUCUCUGCCCCUAUACAAUGUAAAGGUAAUGUCUCUACCCUUAUACAAUGUAAAGGUAGUCUUUGCCCCUAUACAAUGUAAAGGUAGUCUACCCUCAUACAAUGUAAAGGUAGUCUCUGCCCCUAUACUAUGUAAAGGUGGUCUGCCCCCAUACAAUGUAAACAUAGUCUCUGCCCCCAUACAAUGUAAAGGUAGUCUCUGCCCCUAUACAAUGUAAAGGUAGUCUCUGCCCCCAUACCAUGUAAAGGUAGUCUGCCCCUAUACAAUGUAAAGGUAGUCUCUGCCCCCAUACAAUGUAAACAUAGUCUCUGCCCCCAUACAAUGUAAAGGUAGUCUCUGCCCCCAUACAAUGUAAAGGUAGUCUCUGCCCCCAUACCAUGUAAAGGUAGUCUGCCCCUAUACAAUGUAAAGGUAGUCUCUGCCCCCAUACAAUGUAAACAUAGUCUCUGCCCCCAUACAAUGUAAAGGUAGUCUCUGCCCCCAUACAAUGUAAAGGUAGUCUCUGCCCCCAUACCAUGUAAAGGUAAUCUGCCCCUAUACAAUGUAAAGGUAGUCUCUUCCCCCAUACCAUGUAAAGGUAGUCUGCCCCUAUACAAUGUAAAGGUAGUCUCUGCCCCCAUACAAUGUAAAGGUAGUCUUUGCCCCUAUACAAUGUAAAGGUAGUCUGCCCCCAUACAAUGUAAAGGUGUUCUGCCCACAUACAAUGUAAAGGUAGUCUGCCCCUAUACAAUGUAAAGGUAAAGAUGGCCAGGACAGGAAAGUACAUGGCUGUAUUGACAUGGACCCUCUUCAUUUGCAUCCUAUCAACAGAGCCUGGUCACAUGGGAGACUGAGAGCAAAAUGUACUGCAGGCAGACUCUCCUGGAUGGCAACGGCCCAAGAACCUUCUGGACCAGAGAGCUGAGGGGAGAUGAACUCAUACUGGUGAGGAUCAAUACCAACACGUUUGGGACUAGAGAAAGGUAG